CGAGACGGACGUCGUGGAGCUAAAAUUUAAUUAAUAAUUGGCGAACUGAACUGAACGAGAAUGGUUAUGACUGCUGAUCAAUGUUGUUCGCAUAGCAGAUUGAUCACCAUUCAGCCCCGCGGAAAUAAAUAAUCAAAAUAUCCACAAAAGUUUUGAUUGAAAACGAGCUCCAAUAAAAAUCAAUUAAAUCAUGCCGUGUGAAGACUGAGGACGAUAUUGAUUUACAGUGAUUAUGAAUUCAAAAAAUAAAUAUGGAGAGGACACCUGCUACAUUAUUAAACAGCACAACAAAAACCACAAGAAAUUAGCAAAACAACAACAAAGACUAAAAUUUCUACUCCAGUGUAAAGAUUUUGGGAUAACACCACCACAUUUGAAAGGUAAAGCAAAUAGAUUUAAACAUGGUUUCCAACUAGACGUUACAAAAAAGGAAUUAGAAAAAAUUGAGGAACAGUUCACGAUGAAAACUUUAAACUUGGAAAUUAAAGAAGCGAAUAUUCAAAUUAAAAUAGUACGUACUAAUAUGGAACACAUAAAGAAAGAUCUCCGGGAAAAAUUACAAGAUACAGAUUUCAAAAUAGUAACAGAAAAUCAAAAGCAAUUUUCAAAAGAUAUCGCAUCAUCGACAGAAAAGGGUCUCAAAGAAAAACUUCAAAAACAAAUUGACAGAAAUUUUGAAAGAUUCGGGUUUAUAUUUAACGAGGAUUGGUUUAUAAACAAAACUAAUAUCAAUAUUCCUAGAGAGUCUAGAUGGAUCCUCUCCUUAGGCAAAAAGUUUGCGCUACCAGUAACAAGGAAAACUUUCUCACCGGUACACUUGAUUGCAGAAAUAAGAGCAAGGAAUACAGACAAUAGAAGACGAAAGAGAAAAAGACAGUGCAAGAUGCAAGAUAGCUUCUAAAAUUAAUACAUUCAAAAACAAAUUGAAGAAUGACCCAAAAGAAAAAUUCAUACUAAAAAUAUAUGAAGAUACAAGGCGAUUAAUAAAACAACACAAAGACUCUGUCGUGAUCACAAACUCGGAUAAAGGAAAUAGAACGGUAAUGAUGGAUAAGAUGGAAUAUAAGGAAAAAAUGAAAGGUCUUCUAAGCGACCGGGAUACCUAUAAAACUAUUCGAAUGGACCCUACACAAAAAUUGCUACGAAGAAACAACAACAUAGUUAAUGACUUAUACAAACGGAAAAAUAUUGACAAUCAUAAAAAAUACCAAUUGACAUGCACUGCGGCUACAGCACCAAGACUAUAUGGACUUCCGAAGAUACAUAAAGAAAAUACACCGCUAAGACCAAUUUCUGCCUUUACCAACGUACCAUGCUACAAACUCUCCAAAUUUAUAGGACAAACACUUAAGGAAAUCGUUUCCCACGAAUACAAUGUCCACAAUUCGUUCCAACUUAAAGACAGAUUAAAAAACAUUAGGAUUGAAGAAGACGAAAUCCUUAUUUCAUUCGACGUGGUAUCUCUAUUUACAAAUAUACCAGUUCAAUUUGCCAUUCGUAUAAUUAUGGAACAAUGGACUUCACUACAACGUCAUACCACACUCACAAGAAAGCAAUUUUUAACGACCUUAGAAUUCUGCCUACGAGAUAAUAAUUACUUUUUAUAUGAUGGAACAUACUAUCAACAAGUUCAUGGAAUGCCAAUGGGGAAUCCCUUAUCGCCAACUGUAGCCGACAUUGUUUUAGACAAAAUACUUGACGACAGCAUCGCUGAACUUAAAACUAAGGACAUAUAUAUAAAAUACAUAAACAAGUAUGUAGAUGACAUAUUCGCUAUCGUAAAGAAAAAUGACGUGGAAGAAAUCUUAAAAGUUUUUAAUUCGCAACGCAGCAAAAUCCAAUUCACCACAGAAGUAGAAGACGGAAAUAAGUUAGCCUUCCUAGAUGUAGAAGUUCACCGUUCAAACAAUAUAAUAAAAACGAAUUGGUAUGCGAAAUCUGUAGCAUCCUCCAGAAUGAUCAAUUAUCAUUCCAACCACCCGUGGACGCAAAAGAAAAAUACAGCCAUCAACCUCAUCAACAAAAUCUACGCAUUAAGUGACCAUGAAUUCAGAAAAGACAACGGCAGGAAAAUUAGAAAUAUAUUGUAUAAGAACGGGUAUCCAAACGAAGCUAUUGAGAGGUUGAUAGCAACAGCAAAAAACAAACCAAAAGCAGCAAAUUUAAACACUCAACCCGAAACUACAAACAACAAAAGGUACACAGGCGUCACAUAUAUACAAGGAUUAACGGACAGUAAAACAAUACAAAAAAGUAUCCAAAACAAAAACAUUACCUUUGCACAUAAGCCAAAUAGCACGAUCAAUAGAAUUUUUAGCAAAAUAAAAGACGAAAUAAACAAAGAACAACAACACAACGUGGUUUACGAAAUCCAAUGCAAUGGUAAGGCUGGCGAAGCAUGCAAUAAAAUAUACAUAGGCACAACGAAGCGCGCUCUCGGUGUUAGAAUAAGCGAACAUAAAACCGAUGCGAGAAAUAAGAAGACAACGACUGCAUUAGCACAACAUUUAACGAAUAGUGGACAUACAGCAGACUUUGAAAACGCGAAAAUAUUAGAUGUGGAGAACAAAGACAGAACGAGACUAACAUUAGAAAGCUUGCGAAUACAACAAAAAAUACAGCAUGCAAUGAAUUUCAAGGAAGACGUCGACAAUAUAAAUUGCGCAUACCGGACAGCAAUAACGUGCAAUAGGAGAACAGACGAGCAGAAGUACACUUAAAUGUAAAGAAGUCAAUAUCAGUGUGUUUUUGUUAUAUUUUCUUUGUUUUGAUGUUCAAUGUAAGUUAUGUUUUGCAGCAAAAAAUUGUUAUACCAAAGAAUUGUAAUUGUUAUAUUUUUCAUGUACAUACAUGUGUAGCCUAAUUGAUUGUUUUUUAUGUUUUGUUUACAAUAAACAUCAGACUCCCUGAGGAAGAUGUGAAAAGCAUCGAAACGCGUAGGAGGAAAAAGAAA